AUGUUCCGCCAUGGGCCGUCGGCUUGCAGAAGAAAUCGCGCUUUCGUUCGUUGGACCUCAUCUUAUCCCUCAAAAGUCCGCGCCUUCCCUUUCAAACUCUCACCACAAGAUGCUCUCGAACAAAUGUCCAACUACAUGGUCAGCGCGUCAUACAACCUCCAAGCUGCACUCGACGAAGUGCUGCGUCAAAAGCCGCAACCCCCGGAGAAGAUGGUUGCGAUAUACUUCCCCGCUUGGCUUAUAGAUGCUGAAGUCGAAGCACUUGUGACCGUUUCGGGCGAAGCAUCGCGGUUUGAGGGUGUUGUCACCACAACAUUCACCAACUCUUAUUUGCCGGGCCAUACGAUGAACAAGUUAUCUACAACUUCUCUGCUAUCGGAUCUGUCUCUAGAAGAGGCUGUGCCGUUCUCUAGCGACUUGCUAGAACAACAUGGGACCAACAUAACUUGCCUGCCAUUCCAGACAACACCAUUCCCAAUGGUCGAAGAUGCAAAACGUCUUCCAGCGGAAGCGGCGACAAUCGGCAACUUCCACAUCGACCCUUCGUCUAUUCAAGUAAACUUGAUGGCCGCAUACCCGAUCCUGCUUCCUCUAUACCUCGCGCAGUUCACCUUUUUCGACAUCUCCAAAACGGUUGUUGUCGAAGCGCAUUCUGAAGAGCCACGAAUCAGUGUAGAGCGUGUCCACUGGUCCAAGGGGUCACCAGCACCCAAUUCCAACAAUCCGCCUGACUCCUGGCUCCGCCGUUUCGUGGGCUGGAACGAAAAAAGCACAGAAGACGCUCCAGGCAGGCAUUCCAAGUACUUCUGGUACCCCCAGGGAAGUCUGGCCUCGUUCUCCAACAUCGCCAGCUACACCAUUCCCUCUGAAUGGCCGCAGCGACUGGCGAACACCUCCGUAGUCCCUCCUUCGCUGCUGAUCCCAGACUUGGGAUCCUGGCUAGACAGCAAGUUGACUCCGGAAUCACUACGGAGCCUUGUUAGAUCUAACGACACAAUGGAGGACCCUCGAGUUCGGCCGUUUGUGGAAGAGGAGGUCAAUGGAGUCCGCAAAUUCUUCCAACUCAGUGAAGAACGCGCCAAAGCCUAUGCUGUUUUGGAUGGUGUUUCUAGAGACACGACUGGUGAUAAGGAUGAAACGCUGGCCGAGGUUAGAGACUACGCCUUCUCGUCAGAUCGCCUGAGGGACGAAGCGACACCGAGCUGGUGGAGAGUCUGGGAAUCCAAAUGA